UGACCAGUUUGACAUUCUUCACCUUCAGGUAUUAAGUCAUGAUGCAGGAAUCUGCGACAGAGACAAUAAGCAACAGUUCAAUGAAUCAAAAUGGAAUGAGCACUCUAAGCAGCCAAUUAGAUGCUGGCAGCAGAGAUGGAAGAUCAAGUGGUGACACGAGCUCUGAAGUGAGCACAGUAGAACUGCUGCAUCUGCAACAACAGCAGGCUCUCCAGGCUGCCAGACAACUUCUCUUACAGCAGCAAACAGGUGGCUUGAAGUCUCCUAAGAGCAGUGAGAAGCAGAGACCACUGCAGGAAUUGCUUCCAGAAACAAAACUAUGUGUCUGUGGCCUCUCUUCUGGUGAUGGGCAUCCUCACAACCCAUUUGCAGUGCCUGUGUCGGUGGCCAUGAUGACUCCCCAGGUGAUCACCCCUCAGCAAAUGCAGCAGAUCCUUCAGCAGCAAGUCCUGUCUCCUCAGCAGCUGCAAGCCCUUCUCCAGCAGCAGCAGGCAGUCAUGCUGCAGCAGCAGCAGCAGCAGCAACAGCAGCAGCAGUUGGCAGCUCAGCAGCUUGUCUUCCAGCAGCAGCUUCUCCAGAUGCAACAACUCCAGCAGCAGCAGCAUCUGCUCAGCCUGCAGCGUCAGGGACUCAUCUCCAUCCCACCUGGCCAGGCGGCUCUUCCUGUCCAGUCGCUGCCUCAAGCUGGUCUAAGUCCGGCUGAGAUCCAACAGCUGUGGAAAGAAGUGGCUGGAGUCCACAGUGUGGAAGACAGUGGCAGUAAACACGGAGGGCUGGACCUCACUACUAACAAUUCCUCCUCGACUACCUCCUCCACCACUUCCAAAGCUUCGCCACCAAUAACGCAUCAUUCGAUAGUGAAUGGACAGUCUUCAGUUCUAAAUGCAAGACGAGACAGCUCAUCACAUGAGGAGCCCGGAGCGUCUCACACGCUCUAUGGCCAUGGCGUCUGCAAAUGGCCAGGCUGUGAAAGCAUUUGUGAAGACUUUGGACAGUUUUUAAAGCACCUUAACAAUGAGCAUGCGUUGGACGACAGAAGCACUGCCCAGUGUCGAGUGCAAAUGCAGGUGGUUCAGCAGUUAGAAAUACAGCUUUCUAAAGAACGCGAGCGUCUUCAAGCAAUGAUGACCCACUUGCACAUGCGACCCUCAGAGCCCAAACCAUCUCCCAAACCUCUAAAUCUGGUGUCUAGUGUCACCAUGUCGAAGAACAUGUUGGAGACCUCCCCACAGAGCUUACCUCAAACCCCUACCACACCAACGGCCCCAGUCACCCCGAUUACCCAGGGACCCUCAGUAAUCACCCCAGCCAGUGUGCCCAAUGUGGGAGCCAUACGAAGGCGACAUUCAGACAAAUACAACAUUCCCAUGUCAUCAGAAAUUGCCCCGAACUACGAAUUUUAUAAGAAUGCAGACGUCAGACCUCCAUUUACUUAUGCAACUCUCAUCAGGCAGGCCAUCAUGGAGUCAUCUGACAGGCAGUUAACACUUAAUGAAAUUUACAGCUGGUUUACGCGGACGUUUGCUUACUUCAGGCGCAACGCAGCAACCUGGAAGAAUGCAGUCCGUCAUAAUCUGAGCCUGCACAAAUGUUUUGUGCGAGUAGAAAACGUGAAAGGAGCCGUGUGGACCGUGGAUGAAGUCGAAUACCAGAAGCGAAGGUCACAAAAGAUAACGGGAAGCCCAACCUUAGUCAAAAAUAUACCUACAAGUUUAGGCUAUGGAGCUGCUCUUAAUGCCAGUUUGCAGGCGGCCUUGGCGGAGAGCAGCUUACCUUUGCUAAGUAACCCCGGACUGAUCAAUAAUGCCUCCAGUGGCCUGCUGCAGGCUGUCCACGAAGACCUGAACGGUUCCCUGGAUCACAUGCACAGCAACGGGAACAGCAGUCCGGGCGGUUCUCCUCAGCCGCACAUACACUCAAUCCACGUCAAGGAAGAGCCUGGGAUUGCGGAGGAUGAAGACUGCCCAAUGUCCUUAGUGACCACAGCGAACCACAGUCCAGAGUUAGAAGACGAUAGAGAGAUUGAAGAAGAGCCUUUAUCCGAAGACCUGGAAUGAAAACUGACUCGUGAAACCUCAGAAUGAAGGGACAUAUCACUGACCUUCAUGACCACUCCACAACCAUGAAUAUUUGACAACUUUUUACUGUGACUAUUUAUUAAGCAUGGAUCACGGAGACAGCCCUAAAGGAACUUACCAAGCCAGCCCUUUGGGAUCCAGUACCAACAGGCAAAUUGCUUGUUUUUUCUCUCUCUCUAUCUCCCUAUUACUCUCUCUCCCCUUUCC